UUUCGUACACUUUGCGAAAUUCUGUCGCCGUGCCCAAUACCACUCGCACAAUUUGUCCGGUUAAUUCUGUUUGUGCGGAAUAAUCGGGGGGUUUGCGUAAAGGGUCAGCCAUCCAAGGAACGUUCCUCGGUAAGCAGCUGUUCUGCCCUGCCACCGGAAUCGUGGGUGCUUUGACACCGUCAAAUUUCACCUUUCACUUGCUGUCAGGGAACAACGUGCAAACCGCAGUCACCCUUCGUGAGUGAUGGCCGGAAUUCUUUCGAUAUCGUCGCGAAAUCUUCCCCGCGCUGCGAUCCGUCUCGGUUUGCGCUCGCUAGAAGGACAAACAGGACCUCAGCAGGGCACUGUAACCGGUUCUCGAUCCUACCACCAGGGGCGUAGAUUGUUGCCGAGCAUCGUCCGGUCAGCGGUCACUGACAGUGGCCGUCGCAGCGAAUCCGUUCGAAACUCUAUCAAGGCGCAGGGAUGGGCUGUGAACGAGCGCACCAUCUUCACCACGGGCCGUAUGCUCUCGUCCGAGAUCGUUAAGGUACCCCCGUUUGCCGAUUCCGUGUCGGAGGGUGAUGUGAAAUUCGACAAGAAAGUCGGUGAUGCGGUGGCCGCCGACGAAGUGGUAAUGGAGAUCGAAACCGACAAGACAACCGUCGGUGUACCGGCCCCCGGCCAUGGUGUUAUCGAGGAGAUCUUCGUUGCGGACGGCGAUACGGUGAAGGCCGGUCAACAGCUGUUCAGGAUGAAGAUUACCGGUGAAGCACCAAAGGCUAGCGCUGCCAAACCAGCCGAUGCUCCGGCACCGGCUGCAGCAGCCCCACCACCACCGCCGCCACCACCUCCACCAGUAGCAGCGGCAGCACCUCCACCACCACCUCCGCCACCAGCGGCUGGAGGAGCUCCGCCACCACCGCCACCGAAACCGGCGGCUCCGAUUAGCCGAAUGCCCGUCGCAGCCAUCCGCCAUGCGCAAGCCAUAGAAGCGGCCACCGUUAAGGUACCGCCGGCGGACUACACGAAGGAGAUCACCGGAACGCGCACGGAGCAGCGCGUUAAGAUGACUCGCAUGCGGUUGAAAAUUGCCUCGCGCCUAAAGGAGGCGCAAAACACGAACGCAAUGUUGACGACGUUCAACGAAAUCGACAUGAGCUUCAUCAUGGAUUUCCGCAAGCAACAUUUGGAUGCUUUCGUAAAGAAGUACGGCAUGAAGCUGGGCUUCAUGUCGGCCUUCUGCAAAGCAGCUGCCUAUGCCCUGCAGGAUCAACCCGUCGUGAACGCUGUCAUUGAAGAAAACGAAAUUAUCUAUCGCGAUUACGUAGAUAUCUCGGUAGCGGUAGCCUCGCCAAAGGGUUUGGUGGUGCCCGUGCUCCGAAAUGUGGAAGGCAUGAACUACGCCGAUAUUGAACUGUCCAUCGCUGGACUGGCGGAUAAGGCGAAAAAGGGAACGCUCGCGGUAGAGGAUAUGGACGGUGGUACCUUUACCAUCUCGAACGGUGGUGUAUUUGGAUCCCUGUUGGGUACACCCAUCAUCAAUCCGCCGCAGAGCGCCAUUCUUGGUAUGCACGGCAUCUUCGAACGACCAAUUGCUGUAAAGGGACAGGUUGUUAUCCGGCCAAUGAUGUACGUAGCCCUGACCUACGACCAUCGGUUGAUUGAUGGCCGUGAGGCCGUCACUUUCCUGCGCAAGGUGAAGGCCGCCGUCGAGGAUCCUCGCAUUGUGCUGGCCGGUCUGUAACCGAACAGAACUCAUCAACUGCCUGCGUUCACGAAGAUGAAAGGAUCUCCCUCUCUCCCCAAAAGAAUCGGCUUUUCGGACCAGCGCGAAAAUAUGAUUACCCAUUUUGCCGAAACCACAUCAUUGCGAGGCGCUACAUGAAAUGGAGAAAAAACUUAGAAGGACAACGCUUUAAUACAGCACCAACAUAUACCGUUAGAAGAGAUUGCAGCACAACCGUUGCCUAAUUACUUGUUUCUUAUGAAUCUUUAUCCUUUACCGCAGUUCCCACUUAAAAUCCUCCCAGAGGACGGUGUACGAUUAAAUACGGAUGAAGUUGAAGGGAUUGUAGCUUUCUUAACCCGACAGUUUGAAUUUCGAUGUUGUAAAACCUUAUUACAGCAGAGAAAGAUAAUUAGUUUUGCCAUGGAAAUUCACGAUUGCUGCCAGUUUUUUUCCCUCCGCCGAUUAGUCCAAUUGCUCUAUCGUGCCCGGAUUAUGUACUAGUUGUGUGUCGGAUGGAAUUCUUUGGCAAUCGUAACGUAUAAUAGUAGUAGAUUCCACUAAGCGAACUAACAAGCACAUCUUCGGUGGGUUCGAAAUGUGUAUUAAUGGUGCUCUAUUGAAGAACGACGAUAUCGAUACAUUGACGCUUACAGCGCACGUGAAGCGGAAGGAUGGGUGAUAGAACGUUGUGCUUAACAUCUUCUUAACUUGGUAACAUUUCGAGACAACCUUUGAAAAACGAAGCAAGAUAAACGCAGUUUAGGUAGAGAAGUAUUUAUUUGAGUAACUGAAAAUAAAAACCAGUAUGAACCAUGCCCAAAUCGGUUCCAUUCA